AUGCCUGAGAAAGUGGCUGAGUUACCUGCAAAGAAAUCUAAAAUAUCAGCUUCUCGCAAGCUCAUGUUGAAGAGCCUGAUGGUGGCCAAGGCCAAGGAGGAUCUCGAGCAGGAGCAGGUGGAGAAGGAGGUGCAAAAGGAGAAGUACCUGGAGGAAAAAGCACCGGCGUUAAACAUCAACUCAAUGGGCGUGGAGGAGCUGCAGAAACUAUGUGAAGAACUUCACUCCAAAAUCGACGUUGUGGAUGAAGAACGGUACGACAUUGAGGCCAAGGUCCUGCACAACACCCGAGAGAUCAAAGAUCUGAACAUCAAGGUUCUGGACCUCAGAGGGAAGUUCAAGCGACCCAACCUUCGGCGGGUCAGGGUCUCGGCCGACGCCAUCCUUCGCUCGCUUCUAGGCUCCAAGCACAAAGUGUCUCUGGACCUGCGAGCCAACCUUAAGUCAGUCAAGAAGGAAGAUACAGAGAAGGAGAAAACGGCGGAGGUGAGCGACUGGAGGAAGAACGUGGAGGCCAUGUCUGGCAUGGAGGGACGCAAGAAGAUGUUUGACGCAGGGGGUCCCGCACAAUAA